ACGACGGCAGUUUGGUUUCAUUCGCCGGCUGCAACGGUUCAUUGUUGUUGAGAUUAAAACAAGUGUCAACACCAAGAAAACUUAGGUUAACACAACGGCAACAUUAUUGUCAGUCGUUUGUCGAAAUAGAAGUGUCAGCCUUUGGUUAAAAAAGAACAAUCUAUUCAACUCAUCAGUUAAAGCAACAACAACACGAAUCGUUGUCAAUAUGUCGUAUCACAAGCCAGAAGCUAAAACUGUUCAGGAUUUGAAAGAUGUUGCGCAUAAAUUGCGUAUUCAUUCCAUUAACGCCACGGAGGCCUCCAAAUCUGGACAUCCAACAUCAUGCAGCUCUUUGGCGGAGAUCAUGUCUGUGCUGUUCUUUCAGCAGAUGCGUUUGAACUUGAAGCAUCCACGUGAUCCAUCCAGCGAUCGUUUGAUCUUGUCCAAGGGACACGCUGCCCCCAUUCUAUACGCCGCCUGGGCGGAGGCUGGCCUCUUUCCGGUGGAGGAGCUGAAGAAUUUGCGCAAGAUCGAUAGCGAUCUGGAGGGUCAUCCAACGCCGCGUCUGAAUUUCAUUGAUGUGGGCACUGGAUCUUUGGGUCAGGGCGUGGCUGUAGGCGCUGGCAUGGCCUAUGUGGGCAAGAACUUUGAUAAGGCCGACUAUCGCACCUAUGUGGUGGUAGGAGAUGGUGAAUCCGCCGAGGGAUCUGUGUGGGAAUCGCUCCACUUUGCCGGACACUAUGGACUGGACAAUCUGUGCGUGAUCUUCGAUGUUAAUCGUCUGGGACAGUCGGAAGCCACUUCGCUGCAGCACAAGAUGGACGUGUAUCGGGAUCGUCUGGAGGCCUUUGGCUUCAAUGCGCUCGUUGUCGAUGGACAUGACAUCGAGGAGCUGUGCAAGGCACUCCACUGUGCGGAGAGCACAAAGAACAAGCCCACGGCCAUCAUCGCCAAGACGCUGAAGGGCAAGGACUUUCCCCAGAUCGAGGAUAAGGAUAACUGGCAUGGCAAGCCACUUGGCGAUAAGGCAGCCACCGUGAUCAAGCAUCUGGAGGGAUUAAUUGUCAGCCAGAAUGUGAAGAUGACACCUAAGAAGCUUUGCAAAAUGGCCAUGGCACCCGAGGUGGACAUUAACAAUGUGAAGCUCUGCUCCCCGCCCAACUACAAGCUGGGAGAUCAAGUGGCCACCCGCUUGGCGUAUGGUACGGCUCUGGCCAAGAUUGGUGCCGAUAAUGAUCGUGUGAUUGCCCUCGAUGGCGAUACAAAGAACUCGACAUAUUCGGACAAGUUGCGCAACGCUUACCCAGAGCGUUAUAUUGAAUGCUUCAUUGCCGAACAGAAUCUGGUGGGCGUGGCCAUUGGCGCCGCCUGUCGUCGUCGCACGGUGGCCUUUGUCUCGACAUUUGCGACGUUCUUUACGCGUGCCUUCGAUCAGAUCCGCAUGGGUGCGAUUUCCCAGACGAACGUCAACUUUGUAGGAUCUCAUUGCGGUUGCAGCAUUGGCGAGGAUGGUCCCUCCCAGAUGGGUCUAGAGGAUAUCUCCAUGUUCCGCACUAUUCCCGGCAGCACCAUCUUCUAUCCCUCGGAUGCGGUGAGCACGGAACGUGCUGUCGAACUGGCGGCCAAUACCAAGGGCGUCUGUUUCAUUCGCACCUCGCGUCCAAACACUGCUGUCAUCUACAACAACGAUGAGCAGUUUACCGUUGGACGUGGCAAGAUUGUGCGACAGAAGCCAUCCGAUGAGGUGCUCCUCAUUGGAGCCGGUAUUACGCUUUACGAGUGCCUGUCCGCCGCCGAGCAGCUGGAGAAGGAGUGCGUCACGGCCCGUGUCAUUGAUCCCUUCACGGUGAAGCCUCUGGAUGUCGACCUGAUUCUGGAGCAGGGCAAACAGUGCGGCGGACGUAUCGUUGUUGUCGAGGAUCAUUACCAGCAAGGUGGACUUGGUGAGGCUGUGCUUAGCGCUUUGGCCGAGCAUCGCAAUUUUGUGGUGAAGCAUCUGUUUGUGCCCACUGUACCCCGUUCUGGACCACCCGCUGUCCUCAUCGACAUGUUUGGCAUCUCGGCUCGCAACAUUGUCUGUGCCGUCAAUAGCAUCCUCAAGAAGUAGAUGAUGACAACGUUCCUUGCACUACACCACAAUAUAGUACCAAUAUAUUGUCCAUUCCCUCAUUUGUUUAAUAACUACUUUUUGUUAUAUUUCGAAUAAUAAAAACAACUCCAUUUCGAUACAGGUA